AUGGACAAUGGAGGCGCACACAGUACUCAGUCCAAACCAAAACACGUGAAAUUCGUACUCGGGCCCACAAAUCAAGAUUCUUCAGACGCCACGUCACCAUCAUCCUUAUCCUCCUCAGACGACUUCUUCCAAGUCAACCCUCAGCUACUCCCUAAGCUAGGCGGGGCCCAUGACAAGCCUCCCCGCCCAGCUGGGCCCACGACUAAGCCAUUUUACGAAAAUGACGAAAUCGACCUCUCGAACGAGGGCUCACAGGGCUCUGCCUCCCAAUUCUCAGACACAACGUACGAGUCUUUGAUCUCGUCAAAGGUUUCGGUUUCGGUUUCGCCUGUCCAAUCCCCUCCGAUUUUUCAGGUCAUGCAGAGGGCUGUCGAUUUCGAUCCGGAGAGAAUCCCGCCUUCCGUUUUUAGUAAGUCCUCGACUCCCACUGAGUGGAGUGCUGCCUCGAACGACUCGUUGUUCAGCAUUCGUAUAGGAGAAAGUAGUUUCUCGAGGGAUAAUGUCUGCAGGGUGGGCCCUGAAUCGACUGAACAGGGGGAAUUAUUGAAAUCCCCAAAGAAUAUUGGGUUUGGUUUGAAUUCUACGGUUUCUAAAGGUAUAGAACCUUAUGUAGAAAUAGAGAAGACUAUUGAUGUGGAGGAACCUAAAAAGAAUGAGCCCACGGGUUUAGUGAGAGUUGAAGUCGACAGGGUGAAAAGAGAGCAACCCAGAGGAGCUGCUUUAAGUGGCCGAGCUGCCGUUAUAAGUGCCCGAGUUUCUCUAGCUGCUGUUGUAAAUGCUCUUCAUGGUCGUCGUGUUGUAAUUGCUCAUCGUGCUCGUGCUUUAAGUGCUCAUCGUGCUCGUGCUUCAAUUGCUCAUCAUGUUGCAACUGUUUGUCUUGGUCGUGCUUUAAGUGUUCACCAUGGUCUUGCUGCAAAUGUUCGUCUUGGUCGUGCUUUAAGUGUUCAUCAUGGUCUUGCUUUAAGUGCUCAUCGUGCUCUUGCUGCAAAUGCUCUUCGUGUUUGUCAGACUCGACUUCUAAAAGCUCAGGCAAGACAACGCCAAGAAGCAAGUGGUCUUGCUUUUCAUGUUCAUGUUGUUCGUGCUGGUCUUGCUCAUGCUGCUGUUGUUAGGAGCUUCUAUUUAUUGGCCUUGACACCUUCACCUAAACUCAAGACGCUUUUGUUGUAUUCGAACGACUUAAGAGGUGUUGUACCGUACGAGCUUGGAAAGCUUCAGAAUCUUGAAGUUCUAGACGUUUCUAGAUAUUCCCUUGGUGGUCCCCUCCCCGCGAAUCUUGGGCACUGUACAAAUUUGUCGGUUCUCAUCCUCUCGACUCGCUUUAGCAGUACACAUGGAAAAAUGUCCCUCGGGUCGUUUAGAGACAGUAAUUCAUUUGAAGGCUCUUUUCCUGGCGAGAUCUCAAAACUCGCAAACUUAAAUAUAGUUUCGUUUUGUUCUUGCGAAAACAUUAUGCGACAAAUAUGUAAACAGUUCGGCAAACAUUAUGCGACAAAUAUGUAA